AUGGGUAACAUAUCUGAUGCGUCCCGGUAUUUCAACCAGCCGCUUCUGCUCUCUGUUCUCGUCAUUGCUGUAUCAACAUUCAACUAUGGCUUCGACAACCAAGCCUUUGCGACCAUCCAAGCUAUGGAUGCCUUUACUACACAAUUCGGAGAAUAUGACAAAGCUAGUGGCACUUAUGAGCUCAACUCGGUCUGGUUAUCACUAUUCAGCAGCUUGAACUAUAUUGGAUUCGUCGUUGGUGUUGUUGUUGGCAGUUUUAUCUCUGCCCGAUUCGGCCGUCGUAAAUGCAUGUUCAUCAUGAGCGUAUAUGCGCUCGUCACAGCUACCAUUGCUGUCACAUCCAACACCAAGGAUCAGAUUAUGGUUGCUCGCAUUCUCAACUAUGUAUACGUGGGCAUAGAGCUCUCCGUGAUUCCUGUCUUUCAAUCCGAAAUCGUUCCGGCACCGGUUCGCGGCUUGAUAGUAGGAACCUAUCAACUUAGCCUCAACUUGGGCGGCGUCGUCAUCAACGCGGUUUGCUUCGGAACCAGUCACCUCGAGGGCAACCGAUCCUGGCGUAUCCCGUUAGGAUUAUUCUACAUUAUCCCCACCAUUAUUGCAUCCUCGGUCCUUUUCAUCGCGGAAUCUCCAAGAUGGCUGCUUCAACGCAACAGGGCUAACGAGGCAAAGGCGAGUCUGCAAAAGCUUCGCCAAGGAGCCUUCACAGAGGAAGAAAUCAACAAUGAAUACAGAGAACUUGAGUUUGCCCUGGAAACUGGAGUAGAGCAGGGUAGAUUUAUCGAGCUAUUCCAGGGGAAGAAUCUCAAGCGGACUCUGAUUGUGAUCGCAAUGAAUUUCUUUCAACAGGCUACCGGGCAAGCUUUCUCGUCCCAAUAUGGCGGUGUCUAUGUGCGGACACUGAAAAUUUUCAAUCCAAUACUAUUCACCUUGAUGAAUAGUAUCAUUGGAUCCUGUGUAGUUGUUGCCACGUUACUAUUCUCCGACAAAGUGGGCAGACGCAAGUUGCUUAUGUUUUCAUCCAUCGGUAUGACCGCCGCCCUUCUUGCUAUGGCAGGCCUAGGCAUUAAUGACCCGGUCUCUGUAACAAGAGAAAAGGGCAUAAUUGCUUUAAUCAUCAUCUUCUCUUCCGCUUUCUCAAGCGGUUGGGGUCCGCUGACCUAUGUGGUCGUGACUGAAAUCACUUCGCCCCGACUACGAGAUCAUACCUCUCGAGCCGGGUUUGCUACCAAUGUCUGUCUCAAUUUCGCCGUCAAUUUCUCCGUUCCCUAUCUCGUCUUGAAAAGUCAAGUCGGUCUCGGUAGCAAAGUUGGGUUUAUCUUUGGCGCCAUCUCUUUGCUGUCGCUGAUCUUCAUAUACUUUUGCGUACCUGAAUGUAAGGGUAAGACACUGGAACAGGUCGACUGGUUAUUUAAUAACGGUGUCAAAGUACGCCAUUUUGGAGCUACGGAUGCAUCGGGAAUGCUUGAUGGUAGCCUUCUGGAGAAUGUUAAGGGUAGUCUCAGCAAAGACAACACAUGCAGACAUGUGCAAAAGGUUUGA